AUGACAGCCACAACCGACAUGCCCGUCGCUCCAUGGAAGAGCCUGUUCCUGGAGCAUAUCUCCAAACUGGACGACCCGUACAUGGCUGUAUCAACCGUGGGCUAUGACCCGAAGACCGAAUCUCCAGUUCCCAGAGUGCGUACCUGCGGAUUUCGAGGCUUCUUUGGCGAGCUCCAACUCCAUCCGUCAGCGGAGCAGCAGCUGCGGGACGAAAAAGAGCUUAAUCCAUCACUGUAUGAGUCUGAUAUGUUGACUUUCACUACCGAUGUGCGCAUGAGGAAGGUUGAGGAGCUCCAGCAAUUCGAUGCGGUUGAGGUUCUCUUCUGGGUGAAGGAAGUAAUGGCCCAAUGGAGGUUGAGAGGAAAGGCCUUUGUAAUCGGAGAUGAACAGGGUAAAUUGGGCGAAAAGACUGCUAGGGCAGAGAUCUCAAAGGGAUUGAGAGUAAGGUCGAACGAUGCCGCCGAGUCUCCGAAAUGGUACUGGAAUAAGGAAGUGACUGCAUAUUUUGCCAACCAUAGCCCUCUCAUGAGAGGUUCAUUCAAGGGCCCGGCCCCAGGACGGCCACUGAGCGAGAAACCAGAGGACCCAAAUCUUAGUCUAGGCCAGCGUGUCAAGGACCUUCAUGAUGCCACUGCAAGGAAGCAUUUCCGAGUUGUAGUCAUCCGAGUUGAGGAAGUUGAUAGAUUGGACCUGACCGAUCCUGAAAAAGGCAUGCGCUGGAGGACGACAUUGAACAACAACAGCAAACAAUGGGAGGAAGUGGAAUUAUGGCCGUGA